UCUCUUUCAACACAGCUUUCCUCUCUGCUUGUGGAUAGACGACCAAGCGAGACUGGCUUGCCAAUUAAAGAACUGUGCAUCAUGGAUUUUUCCUUCUUAUUCUUAAUAAGUGCUCUUGUGUUCAUACUGGAACAAGUCUCAGGGUCCCACACAAACAGAAGUCCAUCUGCGAGUGCUGCUCCACAAAUUCACCGGCGUGAAAGGCGCUGCUCCUGUGAAAACCUGAAGGACAAGGAAUGCGUGUACUUUUGCCACAUAGGAAUUGUGUGGGUCGAUACACCCAGUCAGGUCAUUCCCUAUGGCAUGGGCUCGCGCCUGAGACGGGAUGUUGAACGAUGUCAUUGCAUCAACAGGAAAGAUUCAAAGUGUUUGCGGUUUUGCUCCUACUUGUCUCUCCAGAAAAAAGAUGAAAUUAGCACAUUCAGACGGUACCAGCCAAGAAACUACAAAGAACGGUACAAGUUUAGCUUCCUCCAGAUGUUGAGGAGACGCAAUUCAACACAAACAACCUGAGUGGGAUGAAAAAACCUAGUAACUUACUGUACAUUAUUCUGUUUGGGUGGCAAGCCUGGCCAUAUGUCUGAAUACGAGUGCUGUGAAGGGAUUACAAAGUGCAGAAAUCAUUUCUAUGUCAUGAAAAGCUAGCCUCUCAUUAGUGACAGUAGAUGAAGCAAAUAGGAGGGAUCUGACAGCAUAUCUGUUAAAACCAUAGUGCUUCUAAUUGACGUGUAUUGUACAAUUUGGAAGAAAUGAAGAGCCCACUUCAAGAUUAUUAUUGGUUAUAUGCAUUUGCCAUCAACUGGUUAAGUCUCUUUCAAAAUAUUGAGCAAAAAAUUCUAAAUACAAAUCUUAGAUAUAUCCAAAUACAGAACUUUCUUUUUCUUUAAUAUUUAGAGCUACCAUUGAGUGCAUUGAUUCAACAUGAAAUAUUGUCCCAUGAUAUCUACACAGUGGGUAAAGUUAUCUAGAAAUGAUUUUAUAUGCUCAAUGUGCUAUAUGCACAGCUAGUGUUUUUCAGCCAAUGAUUCCGAAUGACUUCCGGUUACGGUGAAAGCUGUAUGUGACUAUUUUCAUUUUCGUAAGGAUCCUUUUACAGCAUCAGCAGUAAGUCAAAAAUAAUCAGUUAAAUAGACUCAAGCAUGUUUGGUUAUUAAAGCGUAAAACAAGAGAUGAAAAACGAUUUAAACGCAUAUCUGUCAAAUAACAGUUUCUGUAUUUUGUGUUUUCUGUUUAUUUAGAGAAUUGCAUUAUGGGAGCUUGAUCUCUGCUCUGUUGACUUUUGAUGUUGAAACUUCAACUCUAUACUUGAAUAAAUUAACUUUUAUUGAGAUUUCAGUAGUUUGAGUUAAUAUAUUGUACAUGAAAUAAUAUAUAAGUCUGUAAAAUAACAGAGAAUUUACUGGCAGUUUAUUACAAGAUUUUUGUACCAAACACCGACACAGACAAUAUAUCACUUUAAACUAUUAAAAAAUGUUAAUAAAAGUUCCAUUCAAACUCUUCAAUGUUGAAAGUUGUUGGAAGAAAGAUCAAGGUCCCAUAAUGCAGUUCAAAGCAUAAAUAAAAAUGAAAAAAAAAAAAACACAAAAAUGGAAAACUGCUAUUUAUAUUUUUACAACGCACGGAAUGAGUGAUAUGACAUGAUGCAUAAACAUGCAUCAAACACUUAUAUUCAGCAGGCAUGUGUUGCCUCAUUAAUUUUCUGAAUAUACGUUAAAGUAAGACGAAGUUAAACUGGCAUUAUGCCUCUUGGGAGUCCGCUAAAUACAUUUCUAAUCCACAUAUCCCACAUUUUGCAUUCUGACAGGCUAUCAUGAGAUUCAUGGUUGCAUUGCAUUACAUUUUUUAUAACGCCAGUCUCAUUUUCAAAAUAAGAGUCCCACAUACUGAACAUAGUAUGUAUAAUACAAGUUUAAAUAAACACAUAAAUAAGGGAAAUAAUCAUAAUUAUAAACGUUAUGGCCAAUCAAACACUGCUGUGGGUGUGCAUAUUAAUUAUGCUGUGUAGAUCGUCAGAGUCUGUCUUUUGUUCUUAUUUUAUACUCUUAUUUUAUAUAUUAGAUUUACAUAAGAACAAGGAAACAAUGAUGUCACAGUAUGCCAUUCCAUUAAACAGUUAUUAUCAAGCUCUGCUUAGGCAUAUCCAGAGUUUCAUUCUAUGGCACAUUUAAGGUCUAAAAACGUGGGGUAUUAUGAAUUCGUCUUCAAAUUUUGAAAACACAUUAUCUACAUACAUUUUAGUUAAGACACAUAUAUUACUGGCAAAUCCAGAGAAUCAAUAAUGGUUUCUGAAGUCGUCUCUUCAUUUUUUCCCCGAGAGCUGUAUAUAUAUCCUCUGUUGUUUUCAGUUUUGUUUCUUUAUAAUGACUGUGUUUAACUAUUUAUUGAGGACCAUAGCGACUUAUGGGCACUUUAUUCAUGACAUUAAACAUGUUAGUUGCCUUUGCUAAAAAUGAUUCUUGAAUCCAGUUUGUAUUAAGAGUCACAAUGAGAUUUUU